AUGGCGCCUCCUGCGAGAAUUAGCAUAGGCAAUCUACCCUUCCGAGCUCCCUCUUUCAACCCCGCCCGUCUGCGAACCUACGUCUUCCGACUACCUCUCUUCACACGCCUCAUCCUCCUCGCCAUCUUUGCCUUUUGGCUCCUCGAGCUUCAAACAGUCUGGAGUGUGAUCCAAUGGGGCGCCUUGAUUCCUAAAGAGAUCGGGUUCAGUAGCAUGUAUAGACUGAAUACAUUCCCCUUGAUCCACUUGGGGUUCUUCCACAUGUUGAUGGACACCAUUUGUUUGGUCCCGCUGCUGGAAAGGUUCGAGGCCGAAUGGGGCACUUUGACAAGCAUUGCUCUCUUUAUGGGACCUUUGGGUCAGAUACCUGCGGCUCUGUAUCUGCUUCUGGACUAUGUGAUACUCCGAGACAAUACUCCUGUCUUGGGUGCAAGUAUAUGGGUAUUUCUCCUUCUUGCAUCCGAAGCCAUCAAGACCUAUCGGGCGAACCCUCACCUAGACAUCGCUGGACAGAAAAUCCCAACAUGGAUAACUCCACUUGUUUUACUGGUGGUUGUUUGGAUAUUGAUCCCCAACACGUCCUUCCUGGGCCAUCUUAGUGGGUGCAUCACUGGCUAUCUAUGGGGUCUCGGUUAUAUUCGAUUUCUAGCACCACCGGAGAAAGUCCUGCGGUGGAUUGAGGGAAAACUGAAUUUACUUGGGCGACUUCCGCAUUAUGUCUCUGUAGACCAGAAGACAUAUGGAAGAUAUGGCGUUCUUCCCUCGAGCUCAACAAGCGGGCCUGGUGAACAUAUGAGCCCUAUUGGACUCGGCUGGAUUGGAAAUGGCUCAAGUUCAGGCCCAGGUCAAAGGCUUGGACCUUAG